GACGUUUUGCUGGAGCUGACACGGUUUCUUUGCGGAAAGCUUACCCUCCCACUUUCUGCCUCCGUCCUUACAGUUACAACACGGCUGGUUCCUUGACAAUUCAAUGAUUCCAUCACCACCGAAACUUCAAUUUUCGGAAAGAUGGAUAUCCUCCAGCGCCUAGCUCGGUUCUUGGACCGACCUCUCUUCCCGUGGAAGAAGCUCAUCAUCGGCUUUUCCGUCGCCCAAUUCUGUUUUGAGGAAUUCUUGUCGCUCCGACAAUACCGUGUCCUGAAGAAUACCAAACCCCCGCAAGUCCUCCAAAAGGAAGUUUCUAAAGAUGUUUACGAUAAGAGUCAAGAAUACGGACGUGCUAAAGCCAAGUUUGGAUUCGUGAGAGCUCUCUGGGGUCAAGUUCAGAACAUUGCCUUCAUUCAUUUCGAUGUCCUCCCGAAGCUCUGGUCAUGGACUGGUACUCUUCUCCGCUUCCUCCCUGCUCGUUUAUCCGGUGAAAUCUCGCAUUCGAUUGUCUUCGUCCUUACCUUCGUCUUGAUCCAACAGGCCUUAUCCCUCCCCGCAAACAUCUACCACACGUUUGUCUUGGAAGAGAAGUUUGGAUUCAAUAAGCAGACCCCGAAGCUGUUCAUUACGGAUAUGAUCAAGUCGAACUUGCUUGCUUUCCUCUUCGCGCCUCCUAUCCUUGCUGGUUUCCUGACUAUCGUAAAGAAGACGGGUACUCAAUUCGUCACCUACCUAUGGCUGUUUACUGCUGUCCUUCAGGUUUUCAUGAUCACGGUCUACCCCAUCUUCAUCUUGCCUCUAUUCAACAAACUGUCUCCUCUGGAAGAAGGCAAAUUGAAGUCUCAGACCGAAGCAUUGGCAAAGAAGUUGAAUUUCCCUCUCCAAGAGCUGUUUGUUAUCGAUGGAAGUAAGCGUAGCGCGCAUAGCAACGCCUAUUUCUUCGGUCUGCCGUGGAAGAAGCACAUCGUCAUCUAUGAUACCCUGAUCGAGAAGAGCAGUGAAGAGGAGGUUGUUGCUGUACUGGCGCACGAACUCGGUCACUGGAGCCUUGGUCACACUACCAAGCUUUUCGGUGUUUCGCAGAUCAACGUUUUCUACAUCUUUAGUGUAUUCUCGGUUUUCAUCAACAAUGCCUCCUUGUAUGCCGACUUCGGAUUCCUCAAUGAACAUCCCAUCAUCAUUGGGUUCAUCCUAUUCUCGGAUGCAUUGGCACCGAUGGACCUUAUCAUUAAGUUAUUGAUGAACAUCAUGAGCCGACGAUUUGAAUUCCAGGCCGAUGCUUUCGCUCUCAACUUGGGUUACAAGAGCGAGUUGGCCUCUUCUCUCAUCAAACUUCAGAUUCAAAAUCUGAGCACAAUGGAUGCGGAUUGGAUGUAUGCUAGUUACCACUUUUCCCACCCCAUUCUUUCCGAGAGAUUGAAGGCUCUGAACUGGACAGCUACGGAAAAGGUGGCGGAAGACAAGCCGGAGAAAGAGGGCGUUGAAAAGGCUAGUGGACGGGAGCUAUAGAUCUCAUUAUCUUCGCAGAUCUCCACUUCGGAAAAGGGUUCAUGGGCGUAAUUAAAAGGGUCCCAUAGAGAGUUAUUUGAUUUUUGAUGUACGAAAGUGAUUGUCUCGUUGGUAUUGUGCCUGAUCUAAUUGGGAAUAGUAAUCCAAUGAAUGGAUGAUGGGGCUAAUUAAGCUGCUUUGAUAGGGCGUUAACAAGCUCUGAACAACCAAACGAAAUGACCGGGGGCAUAGCUCACAAUGCAUCCAUAAAUAGCAUAGUAAUGACAAUACACGUGCUGAUG